AUGAAGUCAGAGCCUGAGCAGCUGUCCUGCUGUUCUUUGUGUCAGGACGUCCUGAAGGAUCCAGUUUCUACCGGCUGUGGACACUGGUUCUGCAGACAGUGCAUCUCCUCAUACUGGGACCACUCUGCUUCAUCAGGAGACUCCUCCUGUCCCCAGUGUGGAGAAAGAUCCAGAACCAGAGCUGGACUGCAGACAGCCAGUCAGAGCAGCUGUGUACAAACAGAUGUUGGUCUGCAGGAGGUUUUACAUGAACAUAAGAUCAGUCUGAGGAGGAGAUGUGAACAUGUGACUGAAGCAAGUGAUGAAACAGGAAGUAGAACCCUCCUCAACAGGAUCUACACUGAGCUCUACAUCACAGAGGGACAGAGUGAAGAGGUUCAUACCCAACAUGAGGUGAGGCAGCUGGAGACAGCUUCCAAGAUGGACGCCCUCCAUGACGCUCCAAUCAGGUGCCAGGACAUCUUUAAAGCCUUCUCUGACCAACAGAGACCCAUCAGAGUGGUUCUGACCAAUGGCGUGGCUGGUGUUGGAAAAACCUUCUCAGUGCAGAAGUUCACUCUGGACUGGGCAGAGGGCUUGGAGAACCAACAUGUCAGUGUGGUGGUUCUGCUUUCAUUCAGGGAGCUGAACCUGAUCAGAGAUGAGCAGUACAGUCUUCUGGAGCUGCUCCAUGUUUUCCAUCCAACAUUACAGAAGGUCACAGCAGAGAAGCUGGCUGUCUCUCAGCUUUUGUUCAUCUUUGACGGCUUGGAUGAAAGCAGACUUUCAUUGGAUUUCACCAACAGGAAGCUGCUGUCUGAUGUCACACAGAAGUCAUCAGUCAGCCAGCUGCUGACAAACCUCAUCCAGGGGAAUCUGCUUCCCUCGGCUCUCGUCUGGAUAACUUCCCGACCUGCAGCAGCCAAUCAGAUCCCUCCUACAUGUGUUGACAGGCUAACAGAAGUACGAGGCUUCACUGAAGCCCAGAAGGAGGAGUACUUCAGGGGGAGGUUCAGUGAUGAAAAGCUGUCCAGCAGAAUCAUCUCCCACAUGAAGACAUCCAGGAGCCUCCACAUCAUGUGUAGCAUCCCAGUCUUCUGCUGGAUCACUGCUACAGUUCUGGAGCACAUGUUGACUACAGAGCAGAGAGGAGAGCUUCCCAAGACCCUGACUGACAUGUACUCACACUUCCUGCUGGUUCAGACAAAGAGGAAGAAGAACAAGUACCAUGAGGGACAUGAGACGAGUCCACAGGAGCUGACGGAGGCGGACAGGGAAGUUCUUCUGAAGCUGGGGAGGCUAGCGUUUGAACAUCUGGAGAAAGGAAACAUCAUGUUCUACCAAGAAGACCUGGUGCAGUGUGGUCUGGAUGUCACAGAGGCCUUGGUGUACUCAGGAGUUUGUACAGAGAUCUUCAAAAGAGAGUGUGUGAUCUUCCAGAAACCAGUCUACUGCUUUGUUCAUCUGAGCAUCCAGGAGUUUCUGGCUGCUAUCUACAUGUUCCACUGUUUCACGAACAGAAAGACAAAGGUGCUGGAGGACCUCCUGGGACAAAUUCAUUGGAAAUCAUCUCUGGAUGAUUUCCUGAGCAGAGUGAUAUAUAAAUCCCUCCAGAGUAAAAAUGGCCACCUGGACCUGUUUGUUCGAUUCCUUCAUGGCCUCUGUCUGGAGUCCAACCAGAGACUCUUAGGAAGUCUGCUGGGUCAGACAGAGAACAGUCCAGAAACCAUCCAGAUCGUCAUCAGCAACCUGAAGAAGAUGAACAGUGAUGAAAUCUCUCCUGACAGAAGCAUCAACAUCUUCUACUGUCUGAUGGAGAUGAACGACCUCUCAGUACAUCAGGAGAUCCAAGAGUUCCUGAAGUCAGAGAACAGAUCAGAGAGGUUUCUCUCUGAGAUCCAGUGCUCAGCUCUGGCCUUCAUGCUGCAGAUGUCAGAGGUGGUUUUGGAUGAGUUGGACCUGCAGAAGUACAACACAUCAAAACGGGGACGACUGAGACUGAUUCCAGCUGUGAGGAACUGCAGAAAGGCUCUACUGACUCUGUGUGGACUCUCAGAGACUCACUGUGAAGUUGUGGCCUCAGCUCUGAAGUCCAACCCCUCCCAUCUGACUGAGCUUGACAUGAGUGAGAACAACCUGCAGGAUUCAGCAGUGAAGCUUCUGUGUGCUGGACUGGAGAGUCCAAACUGUCGACUGGAGACUCUGAGACUGAGUCACUGUGACCUGUCAGAGAGAAGCUGUGAAACUCUGGCCUCAGGUCUCAGCUCUCAGACCUCUAAUCUGAGACAGCUGGACCUGAGUAACAUUAACCUGAAGGAUUCAGACGUGAAGCUUCUGUCUGAAGGACUGAAGAGUCCACACUGUACACUGGAAACUCUCAGACUGAGUCACUGUAAGCUCUCAGAGAGAGGCUAUGAAGCUCUGUCCUCAGCUCUCAGCUCCCAGUCCUCUAGUCUGAGACAGCUGGACCUGAGUAACUCUGACCUGCAGGAUUCAGGAGUGAAGUUUCUGUCUGCUGGAGUGAAGAGUCCACGCUGUAAAAUGGAAACUCUCAGUCUGUCAGGCUGUCUGAUCACAGAGGAAGGUUGUACUUCUCUGGCCUCAGCUCUGAGCUCCAACCCCUCCCAUCUGAGAGAGCUGGACCUGAGCUACAAUCAUCCAGGAGACUCAGGAAUGAAGCUGCUGUCGGCUGGACUGAAGGAUCCAGGCUGGAGACUGGACACUCUCAGGGUGGAGCCUGCUGGAGUCCGAUGGUUGAGACCAGGUCUGAGGAAGUAUUCCUGUCAACUCACAAUCGACACAAACACAGUGAACACAAACCUCCAACUGUCUGACAACAACAGGAAGGUGACACAUGUGAAGGAGGUUCAGUCAUAUCCUGAUCAUCCAGACAGAUUUGAUGUUAAUCAGCUACUAUGUAGAGAUGGUCUGACUGGUCGCUGUUACUGGGAGGUCGAGUGGAGAGGAGGGGUUUAUAUAUCAGUGAGUUACAGAAGCAUCAGAAGGAAAGGAGUCAGUGUUGAUUGUGUGUUUGGAUACAAUGAUCAGUCUUGGAGUCUGUACUGCUCUGAUGAUGGUCCUCGUUCUGUCUGUCACAAUAACAGACAAACACCCAUCUCCUCCUCCUCCUCCUCCUCCUCCUCCUCUGUCUCUAACAGAGCAGCAGUGUAUGUGAACUGUCCUGCUGGCACUCUGUCCUUCUACAGAGUCUCCUCUGACACUCUGAUCCACCUCCACACCUUCAACACCACAUUCACUCAAACUCUUUAUCCUGGGUUUAGACUCUGGUCUCCUGGUUCCUCAGUGUCCCUGUGCUGAGUGUAAAGAGUGUCUCCUGUUAGAGAAACACUCUGACUGUUGAACAGUUCAGUCUGUACAUGUCUGUCUCUUUCACUCACAAACACGUUUUCAGAUUCAUGGAUUCAAUCAGUUGAUGUUUGAAACUCUUCUAAAUGAUUCCUUGUAAACUUCUUCCUCUUCAGUCACAAACAAACAGGAAGUGAUGUCACAUGUGUUCCUGUCCACACAGCAGAAUGAGUCUAUUGCUGACAGUGAUGUACAAACAGAGUGAGCAUUUCUGAGGCCAAAAUAAACUGAGUAGUUCACUGAA